CGAAUCGCGUUUAGAUUAUAUAUUAGGUGCAUAACAACUAAUAAUUAAUAUACUUACGUAACAUAUUUUUAAAAAUUUGCUUAUUAAAUUCUUAAAAAAAUAUAUUUCCUGGUAUUUUUUCUAUCUCCAUCAAUUACAUUUUUAUUUAAAUGUAGCAAUUCUCAGUUCCUGAAUUUUUUUUACUUUGAAAUGAGAAAUAUCUGUUGUUUAUUUAAAUACAAUUAUAUACUUUAUAAUCAUUUUCAUAGAAAACUGCCAGUUACGUGCAUUUCAUCUUUAGAUCAUGUGAGACUAUUUUCGCAAACUGUGGUACGAAAUUCUUUUUACGAACAAGAUAAACGCGGUGCUGAAUAUCCCGUUUUCCCUUUAGAUAAAAAACACUGGACCGAACAUAUUCGAGACGGCGCGAAAAUAUUUGUCGGAGAAUGUAAAUUGUUUUGGGAAGAAACAAAAGAGCAUUUUCGGAAUGACCCAAGAAUCUAUCAAGAUGGUGAUACUGAAGUAGUUUUCCGCUUCGAUUCUAAAGAUUGUCUAGAAAAAUGGAGAGUAGGAUCUGAUAAAAUUAAUAAAGAAGGCUUCAGUGAAUGUAAUUUUUUUAUCAAUGACAAAGGCAAAGGAGUAUUUCAUGGAACUAUUGAUACAACACCCCCAAAAGAUGGCAGGAAUCGAUUUGCUGGUUACUGUGGCAUAAAAUCUGUUAGAAAAACAAAAUCCUUUCUUCGAGAUGAUUGGUAUGAUUGGAAUGCAUUUACGCAUUUAGAAAUGAGAGUGAAAGGGGAUGGACGGAAUUACAUGAUUAAUUUAAAUAUGGGAAUGUAUUUUGAUGUUACAUGGUUUGACAUGUAUUCUUAUGUUUUGCACACACAUGGAGGUCCAUACUGGCAACUUGUCAGGAUACCCUUCUCAAAAUUUUUCUUAACCUACAAAGGAAGAACUCAAGACAAACAAGAUCCUAUGCCCCGUAAUAAAGUAAAUUCUAUAGGAAUUACUGCUGCUGCUGUUUCUGGACCUUUCCAUUUAGAAAUAGACUAUAUAGGUGUUUAUAGGGACAUGAGUCAUACAGAAGAAACUGCUUAUGAAAUGUACAACAUGCCUAUGCAAAUAGUUACUGCAUAGGUUUAUUUAUUUUCUGAAUUAUUAAAGUUUUAAAUGAUUGUUAA